AUGGCGACUACGGCUAUGGACUACGAAGACGCUAACGGCGAUCGCUACGAAGACGACGCUCCCCGAUACGAGCGCGAUAACAGGAGUGCGUCUCCUCGUCCCGCUCGUGACGAGGGUGAUGGCCCCCGUCGUCGCUCUGCUUCCCCCAACGGCCGCGGUGACAGCGCUCCCAAGGAGUCUGGCCCCAAGGACGAAGAUGAUGACGGAGCCAUUAACCCUGGGUCGAACCUGUUCGUGACUGGCAUUCACCCGCGCCUGGUUGAGGAGGAAAUCAUCAAGAUGUUCGAGAAGUACGGAGAUGUCGAGAAGUGCCAGAUAAUGCGCGAUCCUCACUCCAAGGAAUCCCGCGGCUUUGGUUUUGUCAAGAUGGUCACUCCUGAUCAGGCCGAGGCUGCCAAGGAGGGACUUCAAGGUGAGCAGUUCGAGGGCCGUACUUUGAGUAUUGAGAAGGCCCGCCGUGCUCGCCCGCGUACACCUACGCCUGGCAAGUACUUUGGCCCUCCCAAGCGAGGAGCUCCCGAUCAGGCGAUGGGAUGA